AUGAAUAUACGUGUGAUUAUCCUACUUUGCUGCCUGACCGUCUUGGUGGACGGCAAGAAGAUCCACCGAUUUCGACUGGAAAGACGAUCCCAUCGCCACCACAAGGUUCCCCACCCCCAUCUGCACCUGCAGUUCCGAAACGCCCUGCGGAGGAAGUACGGAUAUACUCCACUCCGUACGGUGAAUGCGGUGAAUGUGACCAGUGAGCCAGGCAAAGGAGCCGUGCUUGUCGAGCCCCUGAUCAACUCCUACGAUACGAACUUCUUCGGUGUUGUAUCGCUCGGAGAUCAGCCAUUCACCAUGCAGUUCGACACGGGAUCCUCGGACUUCUGGGUGCCCAGUUCCCAUUGCAGAUUCUGCAUCAAGCAGUGCGGCAACAAGUUUUUCCGCGAGUCCAAGUCCAAAUCCUUUCGGUCAAGUGGAAAGCCAUUUAGCAUCACCUACGGAUCGGGAUCCGUCAAGGGAAUGGUGGCCUCGGAUAAUGUGGCCUUCGGUGACCUGAAGAUCCAGAACCAAGGCAUUGGAUUGGUCAACAUAUCCGACUCCUGCUCCGUUUUCGAUGGAAUCGCUGGCUUCGCCUUCCAGCAGCUCUCGAUGACCAAGUCGGUGCCUCCAUUCCAGCAAAUGAUUGACCAACAGCUGGUGGAGCAGCCGAUAUUCUCGUUUCAUCUGAAAAGUGGGUCCCGCGACGGGGGCUCCCUGAUUCUCGGUGGAUCGAACUCGAGUCUGUACUACGGUCCCUUGACCUACACAAAUGUGACCGAGGCCAAGUACUGGACAUUCAAGAUGGACUUCAUUGAGGUCCAUGGCAAGGGCGCGAGGCGCUGCAACUCGGGAUGCAAGGCCAUCAUGGACACGGGCACCUCACUGAUCGUUGGUCCUGUGUUGGAGGUCCUCCACCUGUGCAAUGACAUAGGCGCUGUAUACAAUGACACCUAUAAACUUUACACCGUUGACUGUGCCUCCAUUCCCCAACUUCCGAUCCUCGUGUUUGGCAUCGCCGGCAAGGAGUUCUACGUGAAGCCACAGACCUACGUGAUUAUGUACGCAGACUUAUGCUUCGUGGGCUUAAUGGACCUGCUGGGCCUGAACCACUGGAUAAUCGGCGAUACCUUCAUCCGGGAGAACUAUGUGGUGUUCGAUAUGCUUGAGAAAAGAAUAGGCAUAGCACCGGCUGUUUAAUGGGCA